AUGGUUGUCAGCCAAUCUAUGGUUGGCCGCACCAACGCGGAGAAACCCCACGGUCUCGUCGGUAUGCUCAAGAACCCCUACGUGUUCAUGACCUGUGCCUUUGCCUCGCUCGGAUGUAUCAUGUACGGAUACGACCAGGGAGUCAUGUCCCCGGUGCUUGUGAUGGAGAACUUCCAGAACCACUUCCCCAGUCUCAUGGGCUCGACCAUCCAGGGUUGGCUGGUCUCUGCUCUAGAGCUUGGCGCUUGGGCUGGUGCUCUCUUUAACGGGUACCUGGCCGACAGGAUCUCGCGUAAGUAUUCGAUGAUGGUGGCCGUCGUCGUUUUCACCCUUGGUUCGGGGCUGCAGGCUGGCGCGCAGACGCCGGCAUAUUUCUUCGCGGGACGAUUCAUCGGUGGUUUGGGGAUUGGAAUGUUUAGUCAUGUAAUUCCACUAUAUCAGGCUGAGAUCGCGCCGCCUGAGCUGCGUGGCUCCCUCGUCUCGCUGCAGCAACUCUCAAUCACAAUCGGAACGGCUAUUGCCUUCUGGCUAGACUAUGCCCACGGCCACACCUGCCUUGGACAAAAGUCUAUAGCCUGGCGGUUCCCUCUAGCGUUGCAGAUUCUCUUCGCGUGGAUCCUCUUCUUCGGCAUGUUCCUAUUUCCCUUCUCUCCACGCUGGCUUAUGUCCAAGCACCGCGAGGAAGAGGCUGUUGUUGCGCUAUCGAAACUACGAAGACUUGACCCCAAUGAUCCCCUCAUCAAAGCAGAGGUGCUGGAAAUUAAAGCCGCUGUCAUGUUCGAUGAAGAGAGUGAUCGUGAAGCUGUUCAGAGGGGUGGUAAACUGGCGCCAUGGAAGGCGCUUUUUGCGCCGAAUAUGUUCAAGAGGCUGGUGUUGGGCUGCGGUAUGUCCUCUGCCUUCUCUUUAUUUCUGACGGACGCUGACGCUGGCCGUGAAGGGAUGAUGAUCUGCCAGCAAUUCACCGGUAUCAACGCCGUUCUGUACUACGCCCCUCAGAUAUUCGCCUCCUUUGGCUUUUCCUCGUCGAAGCAGACCCUUCUCGCUACUGGAGUUACCGGUAUCCUACAAAUCGUCUUCACCAUGCCGGCCGUUCUCUUCCUUGACAAGUUCGGCCGGAAGACCUUCCUGAUCGUCGGUGCUGCUGGGAUGUUCUGCUGCCACAUCGUGGUCGCUACCGUCGAGGGCCUGUAUGAGGAUGACUGGGCUCUGAAUGAGGGUCUAUACAAGGCGCAGGGAUGGGUGGCCAUUGCGUUCAUCUGGCUGUUUGCUGUCAACUUUGCGUACUCUUGGGGCCCCGUCGCUUGGGUUCUCGCGCAAGAGAUCUUCCCCAACAGCGCUCGUUCCCGAGGUGUCUCGAUCGUCGCAUCCACCAACUGGAUGUUCAACUUUGUGAUUGGCCUGACAACGAAGGACAUGCUAAACAGCAUGAAGUAUGGCACGUACAUUUUCUUCGCGAUCUUCAGUGCUCUUGGCGGCGCGUUUAUUUGGUGGUUUGCGCCGGAGACGAAGGACAAGACGCUCGAGGAGCUGGAUAUUUAUUUUGGUGGUACCCAGGAAAGUAUUACGGAAGCAGACCGCGCCCGCAUGGCGAGGAUCAAUGAGCAGCUGGGUCUCAGCGGGGUGGAGAAGGUGGAGGAUCUGAUUGACGAGAAGGGAGGCGCGCAUGAUGAGUUGAGGGAGAUGUAG